AUGAGAGGUUCGAGGUAUCUGCGCUCUCGACAAAAGUCUUGCCAGCAGUGCUCUAGAGCCAAGGCGAAAUGCAACCGCCAAGCUGGAACUUGCUCGAGAUGCGCCCUGCGAGGCCUGUCUUGUUACUAUCCACAGACGCAGCCAAGCCCAGAACCAUUGCAGAACGAGCGUGAAGAGCUGAUGGUGGACGCAGUACAUCAGCAGUCUUCCCCUGUCGCGACAAAUAGUACGAAUUACUCUGUUGCAUCAGCUCAUAGCGGAAUCACGGCCAUCGAUCGCGGACUUCUUUCUGAACCGGACACUCUCGGUUCUAUUAGCCAGCCAGCCCCGUCGGCAACGGACCAUUGUAGUCCCAUGACGGCCACAACAGCCACGCUUCAUGGUACUGACUUUGAUUCUCAGAGCCACAUUUCAGGGCGUAGGUCAGCAAGCAAGAUCUCGGACGAUUUUUCAUCACUUGACUUUAGAGGUGCCGCACUCGCCUGUCAAUUAAACGUUGAUGAAAUUGCCAGUCGGUGGUUGAACACGUUUGUGCCUAUUCCCGGACAAAAGACGAAAAAGUAUCCAGCCAAUAUAACAGCCUACAUGCGCAGAGUUCUCGGGUCCUAUGCUUCAAAGGCGAUGCGCGGUCGUGGAGCUCCGCCUUUCAUACAUCCCUCACAAAUCGAAUCACCAGCCGCGCGGCCGCCGUUGUCAACUUGUCUGAGCUUGGUCCGUAUCUGCGAAAAGAUCCUGCCCGGGAGUGAAAGUGCGGUGAUGGAUGUGCUACAGAGAGACAUGGAGAAAGUAUACGAGCAGCGUGCGACACACGAUGACAUCAGUUCGCUCUCGGCAUUGCAGGCAUAUCUCUUGUAUGCCAUUGUCUUGUUCUUCAAAGUCGGCCGGGCGGCGGACCAGACUUUUCGGAGCACCAUUAUCAACCUGCAAGAGCUUGCAUGCGCCAGCAGUCGACGUGGUCUGAUGUGCAUCGCCGAGCAGGAGCGUGCACGUCCACGGUGGGAGGAUUGGAUCGUGGCCGAGGCCAAACGGCGAACCCUUUUUGCCAUGUACAUUUUUGAUAACGUCCUCUCAGCUGAAGAAGGAUUGCCAACAUUUAUCGGCGUCGAGCUGCAAGGGCUACUUGCCCCUGGACCCAAAGACCUGUGGGCCAUUUCAUCUCGGCAAGAAUGGCAGAUAGCCUACAAUGCCUACUUGGCAGACUGGCCGGACGGCGGCCUACGUAUUGACGAGCUCUGGCCAACUCCUGCUGGUUUCAAUCAACCCCAAGUUGACGAGAGGCAACGCAGGGUGGACCAGUGGCUAGAAGCCGUUGAUGAAUAUGGAAUGAUGAUAUACGUAUCGUCUAGGACUCACAUUCAUUCCUCUCUUCACUAUGUCCACAAACCAGCUUCCCGCAGAAAACGAUCCGCCUCCGAUAUCACAAUCUACCCCGAAACACUUAUUGUUCUGAUCGCAUCUACUGCGGCUACAUUCUCUGGCUUCGCGUCCAACAUCUACUUCCCAGCACUUCCUACUAUUGCCCACGACCUCGAUGUCUCCGUGGAGCUAGUCAACCUCACCGUGACGUCUUAUCUCAUCUUCCAAGGACUCGCACCUAGCCUUUGGGGACCUGUGUCGGAUGUCAAGGGACGCCGAGUAGCAUAUUGCUUGACCUUUCUGGUACUCCUGGGCGCAUGCGUCGGCCUGGCUGAAGCGAGAAACUAUGCCACACUGAUUGUGCUGCGAUGUCUACAAAGCACUGGCAGCGCGAGCACGAUUGCUAUUGGCGCUGGCGUUAUUGGCGACAUUACUACCCGUGCCGACCGCGGAAGCUACAUGGGCAUUUUCCAGGCCGGAUUACUUGUGCCAACUGCAAUUGGUCCAGUGAUAGGAGGUGCUUUGGCGGGAUCUCUGGGAUGGCGAGCAAUCUUCUGGUUCCUCACCAUUUACACUGGUGUCUUUUUGCUCUUUCUAUUGGCACUCCUUCCUGAAACACUGAGGUCAAUCGUCGGGAAUGGCGGGCAGAUACCGUCGAAUCCAAUUGCCAAGUUUCCUCUGACGCUAUAUCAGAAGUUCAUCAAGGUGGAGGUAAAAGCAGCGAUAAUUCCCGUUGCAGUAUCGCCCAAGAAGAUUGACGUACUUGGACCCUUGCGUAUUCUGACCAGCAAGUUCGCAGCCCCCACGAUCAUUUUUCUGGCUGUCCAUUACGCCGUAUGGCAGAUGAGCAUUACUGCCAUGUCUUCUCUGUUCGAAAGCCGCUACGGACUUGGUGAAACGCAAAUUGGACUGACUUUCAUUGCCAACGGAGUCGGCUCCAUGGUUGGAACUCUUGUCUCUGGCAAGAUCCUCGAUAUCGACUACCGCCGAGUCAAAGCUGCGUUCGAGGCUCAACCAACACGCUCUGCGGACACAGAGGCUGGUCAAGACCCGUCAUCGACCGGCUCGGAAGAAAACUUUCCUCUUGAAAAGGCUCGACUCCGGCUUGUUCCAAUAUUUUCUGUUGUUCAAUGCGCCUCUAUUCUCUUGUUUGGCUGGUGCAUCCAAUUUCCAAAUACAGUGCCUCUGGCGAUUCCUAUCAUAUCGACCUUUAUCACUGGUUGGUCGUCUGUCUCUAUACAAUCCGUCAUUACAACCUACUUGGUCGACAUCUUUUCCGACCGCAGUGCAGCAGCCACAGCCAGUCUCAAUCUUGCCAGGUGCCUAUUUGCCGCGGGCGGCACAAGUUUCAUCAUGCCACUGAUUAAUGGGAUCGGCGUUGGAUUGGCAUUUACUAUUUGUGCCAUUGUGCAAGUCGCCGCCUUGUUAGCUGUUUCCGUGGCUUGGAAAUAUGCUGGUAAAUGGAGACAACAGUCUGAACAAGCGGCCAAGCUCAAGAACGAAUCGAGUGGACGCCAGUAA